UUAUGCAAAUUGUAUGCAUAUGUAAUCAUCAACUAGCUUAAUCUGCUGUGAAAGAGUUGCAAGAGAAGAAAAAGCUUGUAGUCAUUACUUACGCGCCUCAGGUAGUUACUGUGUAUUAAUUGCAACCUGGGAGCGUUAAAAAUACACAGGAGGACAUCGUUGUAAAGAACUAGAUGCCUUUUCUAAUCAUUCGGUCAGUUUCUAUCCACCACAACUAGUUCCUUCUGAAUCUUCUGCUCGUUCGGGUGUGUUUCCCUUCGUUCAGCAACAAUGCCAACGUCCCGUAGACGUUUGCGACGAUCCGUCCGGGAGGAAGUGUUCCGUGAGUACUGUACCAACAGCUCCAUCCACGGUGUACGUUACUUCGAUCGUGAUGAACGAACGACCUGUGAAAGGUGUGUCUGUAGUUUCUGCAGGAUUGUGUAUUUCGAUGUUCAGCAAGCUUGAUCUUAUUCCUUUUAUCAUAGAUUCUGGUGGCUAGUGGUCUUUUUACUUUCUAUGUUGGGCUGUUGCGUGAUGAUAUACAAGACGUACGUAAAAUGGAACCAAACUCCAAUCAUUGUUACCUUUUCUGAGAAAACCACUCCGGUUUGGGACAUUCACUUCCCAGCCAUAACGAUCUGUCCCGAAACGAAGGUGCCAGCCAAUAAGCUUAACUUCACAGCCGAAAUGAACGCACUGCUGGAAGAUUACAAUUACAUUAACGGAACAUCCGACCGGGAGUCCAUCGAUCAGUUGAAAGCCGUCGCUCAGCUGUGCAACACGAUGUUUCAUUCAAAAUAUAACUUGUUGCAGUACCAAAACGAUUUGGAUGAGGACGUCGUUGGCAUGCUGAAAAACCUGUCCUUGUCACGCCACGGUACACUUGGAUUGUGUCAGUACUGCAACCAGUACAUGCUCUGUGGAAAACAUCUGAAGAGGACGCUCACCGAGGAGGGUUUGUGUUAUACCUUCAAUAUGAUGCCGGAAGAGGACAUCUUUCGUAAAAGCUCACUCCACACGGACUAUACGUACACGGAGAGUUGGUUCUCUUUUUCGGAACAUGAACCACUGUAUGCACGAGGUGCAGGAUUGCAUGCCGGGCUUACAUUGUUCAUGCGACAAAUCAAGGAAGAUGUGGAUUACAUGUGCACGGUAUACCAUACAGACGGCAGAUGCCAUGCACACUGCAUCGGAUUCUCUCAAGGAUACAAGCUUAUGAUCCAUGAUCCAGGCGAGUAUCCGCAGGUGUCGGGCCGCAACAUGCGCAUACCCUUUGGUCACGAGAUCUCGAUCGCGUUGAAGCCUCAAAUGAUGAUAACUUCCCAAUCGGCCGCCGAUUUUAGCUGGGAGAAGCGUCAGUGCUUCUUCAAUCACGAGCGUCAUCUUCGAUACUUUAAGAUCUACAACCAGGAAAACUGCGAACUAGAAUGCUUGACCAACGUGACGCAGGCAAUGUGUGGAUGUGUUCGCUUUUCAAUGCCAAGAUCAAACGACAUGAAAGUUUGUCCAUUAUCGAUGUUUCACUGUAUGUCUGAUGUCAAAUGGAUUGUGUAUGACAUUGACAAUCCUGAUCGUCCAGUCAACGAAAACAUCACAGCAAUGGUCGACAGAUGUAACUGCUUGCCAGCCUGCAGCUCAAUAUCUUAUGAUGUAGAAACUACACAAACCACGCUCGAUGUGGAAAAGUUUAUGCGCGUCAACCAUGUGUAUGAUAGGUCGGACAAGUUUUAUAUUACAACGAUAGCGAUCUACUUCAAGGAGUCGUACUUCAUCACCUCAAAGCGAUCGGAGCUGUACGGAUGGGUAGACUUUCUGGCGAACUGUGGUGGUCUGUUAGGCCUCUUCAUGGGUGUGAGCAUUUUGAGUUUGUUGGAGAUGUGUUACUUUAUUACGAUUCGACCAUUUUCGGUUAGAAGUAGGAUUACCAGUGUUGAAAAGCGUGAUACAAACGAAGUCCAGAAUGUCAUGCUUCCCGUUAUCAUCAAGAGUGAAUAGCCAGUUGUAGGUUGAAUUGUUUAUGAUAUAUUACUAUUUUUUAAUGUUAUAUAGUAUAACGUCGAUUUUUCGGGCAGCUCGGGACUGGGUGAUUUAUGGAUUUUAACGGAUAAUAGCUCAAAAACUAUCAAAUUGAUGUUAAAAUUAUAAAUUUCACUGGUUAGACUAUCCAUUCACCUUGAAUUAAUCGAUUAAU